AGUAAAUCAAAAAUAGACCACUACACUGGAACAAUACGUUGGGAAGGCUACAUGGUGGGAUAACAGGGCCGAAGCUGAUGUCACUGUCAGUGGGUCCGCAGAGCAGGAAAACGGCCAGGGCUUUCAAGCGUCUCUUAGGCCCAAAAUAAACAGUGAAAAAUAGGCGUGUUAUCACAACUGGAAAUGUAUUUGCUUCUCAACGUUAAUGUGUCCCAUUCAGUAGCUUGAUUUGGUUACCUCUAUUUGACUGACCGAGGCCAUAUGCGAGGGGUACUAGUUUGUUUGCUGCAUUGGAAGAACUGAGUGUCAGAUUUAUGUCGCCUUCCUACUCGGAGAGACAUUUGUUUUGAUUUUCUUGACCGGGACUGACUUCUGAACACGUUAGCUUAGCCUGGCUAACGAGCAAGCGAUUUUGACUGACUGCGUUAUUGGAUGAUAUAAAACAUUUAGCUCACACCUAAUGCACCGAUAUAUGCUAUCAUGGUUAUAGUCCAGAACCGCUGUGUUAUCGUUAGUACUUGCCCGCGGCAUUUUGACAUUCUGUACCUGGCUAACGCUACUAGCUUAGCUACAAUGUUAGCUAAUCUAGCUAACUUUUGCUAAACGGCAAGUUAUUGCUAAACCGAUUCAGCUAAGGCGUCAGCUACCAGCCAGUGGUCCUCACUGUGUUUGGGGUUAGUUUUUGGCAAUUUGUGUACUGUUGGAAAAACCCUGAUAGAGCUUAACUUGUCUACGUAAAUAGAGACCCAGGCUGGACCAGUAUCAACCGAGGUGUCCUGAUAUGCGAUGAAUGCUGUUCUGUCCACCGCAGCUUGGGCCGCCAUAUCUCCAUAGUCAAGCACUUGAGGCACAGUGGAUGGCCUCCCGCACUACUGCAGAUGGUUCAGACCUUGGCCAGUAACGGGGCCAACUCCAUAUGGGAGCACAGUCUUCUGGACCCCGCUCAGGUACAGAGCGGUCGUAGGAAACCCAACCCCCAGGACAAAGUCCAUCCCACUAAGUCAGAAUUCAUCAGAGCCAAAUAUCAGAUGCUGGCCUUUGUGCACAAGCUGCCCUGCCGCGAUGAUGAUGGCGUCACCACCAAGGAUCUCAGUAAGCAACUCCACUCAAGUGUGCGGACGGGGAGUUUAGAGACAUGUCUUCGGCUCCUGUCCCUCGGUGCUCAGGCCAAUUUCUUCCAUCCGGAGAAAGGCACUACCCCGCUCCAUGUGGCAGCAAAGGCAGGCCAGAUCCUGCAAGCUGAACUUUUAGUGGUGUACGGCGCAGACCCAGGAGCGCCUGACAUCAAUGGACGCACGCCUAUGGACUACGCAAGGCAGGCGGGUCAUAUAGAGCUAGCAGAGCGGCUGGUAGAGUGUCAGUAUGAACUGACGGACAGAUUAGCUUUCUACCUUUGUGGACGACGCCCAGAUCAUAAGAAUGGCCAUUAUAUUAUUCCUCAAAUGGCAGACAGAGCUCGUCCUAAGUGCCCGACACAGAGUCUCGAUCUCUCAGAAUUGGCCAAGGCUGCUAAAAAGAAGCUCCAAGCGCUCAACAAUCGCUUGUUUGAGGAGCUAGCAAUGGACGUCUAUGACGAGGUAGAUCGCAGAGAAAACGAUGCAGUGUGGCUUACGACCCAGAACCACAGCACUUUGGUAACAGAACGCAGCGCGGUGCCCUUCCUACCGGUUAACCCUGAAUACUCUGCCACACGCAACCAGGGCCGUCAGAAGCUGGCCCGUUUUAAUGCUCGGGAGUUUGCCACGCUUAUCAUCGACAUUCUGAGUGAUGCCAAAAGAAGACAGCAGGGGAAAGGUCUCAGCAGCCCUACUGACCCAUUGGAUCUGGGUAUCGAUGAUGACCAGCAUGACUACGACAGUGUAGCCUCUGAUGAAGACACGGACAGUGAGCUGACUACCCAGAACAACAACAACACACAACGUAGCAACCGUGCUAAGAGUAUGGAUUCAUCAGACUUGUCAGACGGUCCCAUCACCCUGCAGGAGUACCUGGAGGUGAAGAAGGCCCUGGCCUCUUCAGAAGCCAAGGUGCAGCAGCUGAUGAAGGUGAACAACAACCUGAGCGAGGAGCUCCGGCGGCUCCAGAAGGAGAUCACGCGGAUGCAGACAGAGAACAGUGCGCUGCGGGGGGGCCAGCAGGCUGGGGGGUCAGCUGGCCAUGGGGUAGGAGGGCCUGGCGGAGGAGGGGGGGCCGGAGGCCACUGGCAAGGGGGUGGGGUGAGAGGAGGAAUAGGCGGAGGGGGUCUGGGCGGGUUUGGGCCAGGAGCGGACCCCCCGGGGCUCUCGGUGCCCUCCUCGGUCACCCCCCACUCUCAUCCUCACCGGAGGGACCGCCAGGCCUUUUCAAUGUACGAGCCAGGGGCAGCCCCCGGCCCCACGGCCCAUGGUCCCCCAGCCCUGGACUCCCUGGCAGCCCGCCUGCAGCCCUUCAACACACCCAGCGUAAGGAAGGGUGGUACAGCGGGUCCAACGCCAUAUGGAAGCCAGCAUCUGUCUGGAUCCACAGAAAUGGGCAGAUACAUGAUCCCUAAACCAGAGAAGCAUGGCAGCGGCACUGACAGUGACUAUGACAACACACAAACAUACGACCUCUCGCUAAGUAUGGGCCGCAGCAGCGAGGAGGAAGGUCGUGGGGAGUCUGAAGAGGGAGGCGGCGGGGAUGCGGGGGAGCCAGACCCCACCCUGCCCUGCACGGAGGACGUCAUACUGAAAACUGAGCAGGUGACCAAGAAUAUCCAGGAGCUGCUCAGGGCUGCUCAGGAGUUCAAACAUGACAGUUUUGUUCCAUGUUCCGAGAAGAUCCACUCUGCUGUCACUGAGAUGGCCUCACUCUUCCCCAAACGCCCAGCGUUGGAUGCAGUCCACUGCUCCCUCCGCCUGUUAGCUUCCAGUGCCUCGCGGUUGCAGGUGGAGUGCCGUAAGGCCGCGCCCUCGGAGCCUGGGGCCCCUGCAGUGGACUACCAGCUCCUCACUCAGCAGGUCAUCCAAUGCGCCUAUGACAUUGCCAAGGCUGCCAAGCAGCUGGUCACCAUCACGACACGUGAGAAGAAACAGUGACCCAACAAGUGCAUGGAUGGACGGAUGCAGAGGGAACAGGGAGAGAGAGCAGACAGAUGCAUGGGUAGGCUCAGAGGGAUGGGUGGGGCCUCUAGUAGAGGAAAACAGAGGGGAAAAUACGAUCACACAGUAGAUGGGAGGACGAGAGAGGGAAAGUGAUCAGGAGAAUGAUGUGCGCAAUAAGGAAUGGAAAUAUAUGGAAUUUGCAUUGGAAAGGAAUGGGAUGGAAGCAAAAAGAAUCGAUUGUUUAGUAGAACCACUACAGAGGUGUGGAAGUGAAAGUAGGGGACGAUGAGUGGAUGGAUCCAACAUGGAAACACUACAGCCUGCUGCAACCUAAAUAAACUGUUGGAAUCAGAUGUGUAUAAUAACCCACUUAAACUGUGAUAAGCAUACGUGAAAUACGACGGUGGCAAUGUACAGUGAACUGGAUCCUAAAAUGUUACUGCUUUAUUUAUUCUAACCUGUCACUCAUCAUCCCUCCCUCUCCCCGUUUACCUGCACUAGGGAGGGAGGCAGUGUAUUUAGACAAGACCAACCAUGCCACACCAUGUCCGUCCCUCCGUCCUGUGAGGAGUCAGGACGAUUUCCCUCUCCUUUCCUCUCUGGCCCACUCCUCUGCCUUUACCCCUCCCUCCCCCCAUUCUCUCUCCCCAACAAGACAUGAGCCCCCCUCCGCCGUCUCCUAUCCCAUCCCAGUCUGGAUGAUCUUGUGGUGCAGAGAAGGACCCCCCCCCUGAGGGACCUGUCUAGCUCCACCCUACCCCACACACCACCCAGGGUCUCAGACGCUUCUUCCUGUGUUAGCUUUUGCAGGGGACUCCAGCUUUUCUCCGACCCGUCGCCCCCUGUUGUUGGCGGUACACAGCAUGAUCUGGCAUGUUUUCAGUUUUUUUCCGCUCCGUCUCCCUCUCUUUUUUUUUUUUGUUUAUUAUUUUUUAUUUUGGAUUAUGCAGAUUAGUGUGGUCUGCACCUCUGAGGACAAAAAUUACUGACUUACAUAAAACAAACACUUACACUGGAAUAAUUGUGAUUUAUUAUUGUUGUUUAUAAUGCCUUUUGUUUGUUUUUUUUGUAUUGAUAUUUUUACUGACUGUCAUCUUGAUUUAACUGUUUAUGAUUCUCAUUUAGUGGGAAUGGGAGACAGGUGGUGAGUAUGUGCUCAAACUCUUACUGGGAUUAAAGUAAACAUGCACACACAUACAUACAUAAAGGAAAUAACCUGUGAAAUGGUCCUCAACGUUUCUCAAGCACACCAUUUCUGGGUGACACUUGAGUUUUCUUUCUUAUGUUGUUGUAUGUCCUGUGGCCAAGGGGCUGAACAGUUGCCAAAGGGGAGCGGGUGUAGUGGGAGGUUUGUUUUUGGUUUUGACUUUCUGUCAGACCGGAAGCCCCUUGGUGCAUUAUAACAGGACCUGGAUCAAAAUGCUCUUUUCGUGUAUCUUUAGUUGUCGUUUUGGGCUUGAUUCAUCCUAUCAGAUUGCCUCAUUUAACAGAGCCAGUGGAAUCAUCUCAGAAUCAAUCCCACAUUCAUUUUAGCUGUGACAAGCAGGAUAAUAAAUUAAGUUUGUCCAGUUAGUGUAUGAGGAUUAACACACAUCCCCGGUCUUGCUGUAAAGCAGUAUGUUAUUUAAAUGGUGGGUGUGCUUGGAUGCUUGCAUUACACAGCAGCCAUAAUUUGCAUGCAUGUUAACUAAUUGGUUCAGUCAGAUUAAGUUGAUACACAUACUGGUAUGUUGCAGUUAAGAUUUAGGUAUUCCUGUGGAAAGCACCAGAUCUAGCAACCUGGAAAGUAAAUAUGGUGAAAGUAACUAAUUUGAGAAAAUACACUAAUUUAGCCACCACAAAUGUGUUUGAUGCAGCUUGCCAUGUAUUAUUUUCACUCUGGCAAGCAGAUGAAGCCCACGUUUGGUUUUGGUUUUUUAUUAUCCACGUGAUCCUCUGUCGUGGCCUGCUGAUCUGGGCCACAGAAGUUGUCUUUUCUAGCUCACUGUCUCUACACUCGGCCAAUGGAGAGACAGCAUUUGGGAACAAAGAUGUUUUUUUGUUUUUUUCAAAUAGAUAGCGCACUUAGCCUACUGUAGGUUUAAAGCUUGUUGUACUGUGCCGAACAAAUAUGGUCAUAUCUGUAAUGAAAGGAUGCAGAUGAGACCUAAAAAGUCCUUCCUAGCUGCCACGAGAAUUUGGAUUUAGCUCUACUCUUUCCCCAAUAUCUCUCUGGUUUCUCAAAGUGUUUGUGGCAUUAAUAGUUGGUUGUUCUUGGAUUGCUCUGUUCUAUAACCAUGCUCAGUGUUCACAAGGCCUCUGCACAUUAAAUAUACUCGCUUGAAACAUUGACCUCAUCCAUGACACAACAGUUACAUCUCAAUCUUGUUUUGUUUUGCUACCUUGGAGCAAAAAGCAGUUAGACUUUAAUUAGCCCCAAACACUUUGAGAGACUGACACAAGACCUCCUUCAGCACUUCUCUGUCCACUUUAUUCAUGUUUUGUUUUUGACUCCCCGCCUCACUUGGGGUCCUUUGUCAGUGUCCCUCAGUGUCUCGCAUGGUUGUCUCUGUAGGGGAGGAUGGAUUGCUUGCUCUGUUUACUGUCAAAACAAAUUGUGUUCAGAAGACUCAUCAAAUGUAUCGUUAUUUGCUAUUGAAUGCCUUUGGACAUCAUCAUUAUCAUCAUCAUCAUCAUCUCCUGGCUGAAUUACAGUGAUGUUAUACUGACUGCUGGAACAACAGCGAUACUUAAACACACACACCCACACGAGAGGCCAGCAAAGAAGCUUGUCCCUUCAAUCAUGAUUGCCCAACUUUUAGACUAGAGUCAUAUAUAUGAACAUAUAUUUUCAUGCUAUAUUUUAUAUUAAGCUAUGUGUUAGCAUUAUGUCUGCGAGAUAUUUAUGUCUAUUUGUUGGCCCAAGUGGGCUUCAGGCUAUGGCAUCUAUUUACCAGAUCUUCAUUCAGAUCUUUAGUCUUGACACCAAUGUACUUUUAGAUAUUUUAAGUCUUGUAAGUAUGGUUAAUGCUGUGGUAUUACCCCCUUAUGUAGUUAUAUUGUACAUAUUAAUGAUCCUACUGGAGUCCACAGGAAGCCAAGAGCGAGGAUAAUGGUUUGAUGUUGGCAGUUAACUCAACAGUGUGGUAAUAGUUGCACUAUUUUUCAAACACCAGCUGGGUGAAGUAGGAUCUAAAUUAUGUACUGCACUCUCCCAAAGGUCUUAGUUCAAGUACAUUAGGUGCAGGAUGCCAGGUUUGAUUCAGGAUAAGGCAAUAGGAAAGGUCUGAAGCGCACUUCGGCUUAGCACUACAGUCAUCUCAAAAGGGGUGAGAGGAGGGUCUAAAAUGCACAUGGCCCAGUCCUUCCCCAAGUUAGUGAACACUAUGUAGGGUGCCUCGAGCAUGAAUGUUAAAUGCUUCUGUCGGUUGAUGUCGAACACCAUGUCUACUCCAUCAUCAUUAUAACCACCCUCAAGUUAUCAGCUGGACCAAGCUUUCUACAAGUACAAACUUUAAAUUUGCAGACAGUGAAUUAUUCUCACUCACUUCUGAUAGUCAGCCAUUGGCAGUGCACUGUUGCCUGUACUGUUGCUGUCCCUGUGUUUCUUUACAGCUCUACACUUUGGGAGAUGGGUGACGGGAGAGUUAUCUUUUAACAGAAGUUAAAAACUGUAUAAAGUAGAGAAAACAAUGACUGAAAAAGGUCAAUCGUAAUGGAAACACAUAAGCUGUACAUUUGUAAUAAAAUGGUGAAACAA